GGAAGAGGCUGCCGUCGGGGGGCGUGUCCGCGCAGCCGCAGUGUAACUACGUGCGUUCACGUGCCGGAGAUGGCGGCCGAGCCUCUUCCUCCGUCGGCGAUGGCUCAGCCGGGAAUCCUGAACCUCAAUAACGAGGUUGUGAAGAUGAGAAAAGAAGUGAAGCGAAUCCGAGUUUUGGUCAUCCGAAAACUGGUCAGAAGUGUUGGUAGACUGAAGUCCAAAAAGGGCACUGAAGAUGCACUAUUAAAAAACCAAAGGCGAGCCCAAAGGUUGCUUGAAGAAAUCCAUGCCAUGAAGGAAUUGAAACCUGAUGUUGUAACUAAAUCUGCUCUUGGUGAUGAUAUGAACUUUGAAAAAACUUGUAAAAAGCCAGAUUCUACUGCAACUGAAAGAGCAAUUGCCAGAUUAGCAGUUCACCCUGUUCUGAAGAAAAAAAUAGAUGUCCUAAAAGCUGCUGUCCAAGCCUUCAAAGAUGCAAGGCAGAAUGCUCCUGAUGCUGAGUCAUCUAAGAAGACUUCAGAGGAAAGCCGGAGUAAGGAUUCUCUGUGUUCAAAAAAUGAUGCAGGCGAGUUACAGCAUCAGGGGAGAACUGUUGUCAGUGAGCAGAAGGGAAAAGACACCAAAACAGCAACAAAGAAAGCAGUGAGCGCUUCAAAAGAAAAAAUGGCCAAGACAGAACAUGGACCCGAAGCAGUGGCCACUCAGAAAUCUCCAGGGAAGCCUUCAGGAAAGGGUGCUGUGGUUACCUCUGGACAGCAGAAGGUACCUGCUAGCCCAAAACAGAAAGCCUCAGCUGAGACCACAGAAAAAGAGAGUGAUGACAGUGGUAGUGAGGAAGAGUCAAGUGAGGAGGAAAAGGAAUAUUUUGAUGACAGCACUGAAGAACGGUUCUAUAAACAGUCUUCUGCGUCCGAGGACAGCGACAGCGGUGAUGACUUCUUCAUUGGAAAAGUCAGACGGACAAGAAAGAAGGAAUGUAGCUUCCGUUCCUCAGCAAAGGAACAGAGGCCCCUCCCAAAAGUGUUACCCAAAACAAGUACACUUGAAACCCAUUGGGAUGUAAGAAAUGAUAAACACAAGCUCAUUCCUGAACCAAGGAAGUUAGAAUCCAUGUUUUUUCACUCUUUAUCUGGACCUAAACACUCCAGAAGGGAUCCCAGAGAACAGGCCCCAAAGAAUAAAGCCCCAGAUUUUCCAGAAAAUGAACCUCCAAUCAAAAAUCAGUUUACAAAGAGCAGGCAAAGAGGAUUUGAGCGCGGGAAGCAGCAGCCACAUGCACCGCUGCACCCUUCAUGGGAAGCGAGCAGGAGGCGAAAGGAGCAGCAGUCCAAAAUCACUGCGUUUCAGGGGAAAAAAAUCACAUUUGAUGAUUGAUUGCCGCCUCCUGAGCUUUCUGUAAAGUUUUAAUUUUUUAAAACUAGUCUAUUAUUUAAAUUUGGGUUGAAGUCUCGUUGAAGAGCUAUAAUAAAAGAUACUGCUUGUUGUUCCUUUUGCAACUAAAUUUGGGGAAGUUUACAUAAUCUUUUUACAAAUCUCUAAAUUUGUUUCCUAAGAGUGCUUUCCCCAAAUUAUUUCUUACAUAAAAUAAUUCAGAUAUUACAGAAUUUUGUGUUUUCUCAUUCAUGAAUACAAAAUAUAUUUCACUAGUUACACUUUGCCUUUGCCUUGAAAAUAAGGCAUGUCGGAGAUGAUGAGAUGGCUCAUUUCCUGCAAGGCCCAGUGAUCUGAAUUUAUUUCUGUGGUAGAAGGACAGACCUGACUCACAAAAAUUGUUCUCUGGCUGCACAUGCACGGUGUGACAUACAGUGUGGGCACAUGUUCUCUUUCUCGCUUUCUAUCUCUGCCUCUCACAUACACAUACAUACAGUAACUGCAAUAUAAAAAAUGUUAAGCCAUUUAAAAUAACAGUGGAAAAAUGGAGAAAUAAUGACUACUAAAAAAAUCAUCUUUGUUAGAAUUUAUUUUUACAAUCAAAACAAAAUUGGUAAUUGUGGAUAUAGAGAUAAUAUAUACAUAAAUAUGAAUUUGCCAUAGUUAUACUUACUUGUGGCCUUCGCAGUGUUUAAGCAACUUGCUUAUGUAUAACAAUACAACCAAAUACUAAGUUUUAUAUCCCUGCAAUAAUUAUUUGUUUCCAUGAAAUGGAGAAGAAUGGGUAGCUGGAGCCCUGGUGUGUUCUGUCUGCUUCAUGCAUGUUUACUGGAGCAAGUACUGGAUAUAAGCUGCUCAUAGUACAGAAGAGAAACGCAUGCUAUCUAGUUAUGUAGCCACAUACUGGUUUUAGGGGCACGGUGCUGGGAGUUAAACCUAGGCCCUCCUGCACACUAGGUCUAGUGGACGCUCUGCCACUAAGGGUUGUGCUGUGUGGCUCAGUCAGGCCUGGGUUUCUACUUUCCUCAGUGCUGGGAAUGCAGGUGUGAUCUACCAUACCUUGCAUUGAAAUGUUUGUGGAAGGAAUUAUUGAUGGUAGCUUGAAGGACAAAUUCUAGAAGGUGGGAUUGAAAUAGCUGAGUAGAGGACCUUUCAGAUGGUUCUGAAAGAACCAUCUAUACAGUAUAGUAACUCUAAAGGGUUUUUGAAAGAUCUUCAACUGUUUGCCUUUUUACUGCUCUGGAAGACAUGAAAGAUCAUUGGUUAAUUAAACAGUGCUAACUGAAUUCCAUGUGGCCUGCAUGUUAGUGCUGUUAGGUAUGGUAAGGUAAGCCUUUCACUCAGCCUUUAAGAACUGAGUUAGCAAAUCUAGGUUCUGUUUACAAACUUAGAAGUGUCCAUAACUACAAUGGGAUUUUUUCAUUUUUUAUAUUAAUCACAGGUUUUUUUACUUUGUAUCCCAGUCAUAACCCCGUCCCUCAUUCCCUCCCAAUCCCACCCUCCCUCCCUCAUCUUCUCUCUGCCCCUUUCCCUUCUCCUCCCCUUCCAUCUGACCCUAGCUUAUCAGGUCUCUUCAGGACUGGCUGCAAUGUCCUCUUCUGUGGCCUAGCAAGGCUGCUCCUCCCUCAGCAUUGAAGAGCUUGCCAUUGAGUUCAUUGCAGAAAUAGUCCCUGUUCUCCUUACUAGGGUACCUAUUUGGAUACUGAGCUACCAUGGGCUAUAUCCGAACAGGGGUUCUAGGUUAUUUCCGUACAUGGUCCUUGGUUGGAGAAACAGUCUCAGAAAAGACCCAUGUGCCCAGAUAUAUUUGGUCCUGUGGAGCUCCUGUCCUCUCCAGGUCUUACUAACGCCCCCUUCUUUCAUAUGAUUCCCUGCACUCUGCAGAAGGUUUGGUUAUGAGUCUUAAUAUCUACUUUGAUACACUGCUAGGUAGAGUCUUUCAGAGGCCUUCUGGGGUAGGCUCCUGUCCUGUUACUUGUUUUCUCCUACUUCCAAUGUCCAUCCCUUUUGUCUUUCUAAGUGAGGAUUGGACAUCUUAUCCGAAUCCUCUUUCUUGUUUAUCUUCUUUAGGUGUAUAGAUUUCAGUGUACUUAUCCUAUCUUAUAAGUCUA